GCCUCUUCAUCUCUCCCCGCCCCACUAUCCACCAGGACUGUUCCGCGUCGUGGGGUACCGGACGCUCGCCUCGCCAGCCCGCGCUACCCACGCCCCACUGACCGCAUUCCACGCCCCCUUCCCGCCUGCGCGCGCGUCCCCGCCGCCACCAGAGGGGGCGGGGCCUGGGUCCCGGCGUAGUCAGCCACGGUCCCAGCCUGCCCCGCGCCAGCCAACGAGAGCAAAUCCAGUGACUCACCUCCGCCGCGCUAACUCUUCUCGCUCACUCCUCACACACGCUCACGCCCGGCUCGAGAUGGCGGCUGCGGCGGGGGACUCCGACUCCUGGGACGCAGACACGUUCUCCGUGGAAGACCCGGUGCGGAAAGUGGGGGGCGGCGGCACCGCCGGCGGGGACCGCUGGGAAGGCGAGGACGAGGACGAGGACGUCAAGGAUAACUGGGAUGAUGAUGAUGACGAAAAAAAAGAGGAAGCAGAAGUAAAACCAGAAGUAAAAAUUUCAGAAAAGAAAAAAAUAGCAGAGAAGAUAAAAGAGAAAGAACGGCAACAGAAGAAAAGGCAAGAAGAAAUUAAAAAGAGGUUAGAAGAACCUGAAGAACCUAAAGUGUUAACACCAGAAGAACAAUUAGCAGAUAAACUUCGGCUAAAGAAAUUACAGGAAGAGUCAGAUCUCGAAUUAGCAAAAGAAACUUUUGGUGUUAAUAAUACAGUUUAUGGAAUAGAUGCUAUGAACCCAUCUUCAAGAGAUGACUUCACAGAGUUUGGAAAGUUACUAAAAGAUAAAAUUACACAAUAUGAAAAGUCACUAUAUUAUGCCAGUUUUUUGGAAACCUUAGUUCGAGAUGUGUGUAUUUCAUUGGAAAUUGAUGACUUGAAAAAGAUUACCAACUCACUGACUGUGCUUUGCAGUGAAAAACAGAAGCAAGAAAAGCAAAGCAAAGCCAAAAAGAAGAAGAAAGGUGUGGUUCCUGGAGGGGGAUUAAAGGCCACCAUGAAAGACGAUCUGGCGGAUUAUGGUGGUUAUGAUGCAGGAUAUGUACAAGACUACGAAGACUUCAUGUGACAUUUUCUCUCUCCUGGUGUCUUCUUUCUGUUGCCCACAAUCCCUUCAACAUGUAGCACAACUUCCUUUCCUUUCAGUUUCUGCCAAAUGCUACAAUCAGAAGUGCAGUAUCUUUUGUGCUGGUAAUUUAACCCCUUGACAACUUAGGUGCUAACGUGCGAAUGAGGGAACUUGGAUCUUGCUGCCAAGGGGUUAAAAUUGGGAACCUCGGUUGCUACUAAAUCAUAGUUUAAAAAAACAAACCUAAUAAUGUUGUCAUUGUUGCUAUCUGAUUCCAUAGCAGCAGUCACUAAAUUGGAAACAAAAGUUGCAACAUGACAAAAAAUUGUGUAGUAUUUACCAGCACCAUUCAGUAAUACAGCCUUAACCACACCUCCUUGAACUACUUCAUAACUUGUCAAGAAAAGCAGUUUGCAGCAAGGGCAUGUGGUGUGCACCUAGUAUUAAAAUUGCUUUGUCUUAAAAUUGAGCGUGAGGAUAUUAAAAAUACAUUGUGAAGAAGACUGCUUAUCUCAGAGUGAAGAUACAGCGGCUGAAAAGCACUAGUUUGAUACUUAAAAAUUAAAUGACCAAAACCCUCCAACUUUGAAGCUGAAGAAGGUAAACCUCUCCAUUAUUGCAUUACAAGCUGUGGGAUCUCUCUCUUGAAUGCAUAGACUGUCUAGUUAUAUUUAUCAGACUGUUCUACUGAUGAGUGCUUCAGCUGGGGGAGGGAAACUCUUUACCUGUUUUAUUUGCCUGAUUUAAGUAUCUGAGAAACAGAUCUCCUUUGUUCUCCUAGGCUGCAAUGGAAUAACUUUAACAGGGUUUUGGCAUUUCCUUUCCUUUAUAAAACAUGCUCAGCAAACUGCACCAGUUAAACACAGUUUGGUAAAUUGUUAUGUUAACAAUUAUAACAUCUGCAAUGUUUUAUAAAGCAACUAAUUUAAUAAAAUCACUAUUGUGAGGA